UGCCCGGGGGUCCUCGGAGGGAGGGGCCUGCCCAGGUGGGGCGCGCGGAGCGGAGGCGGCCGGCGCCGGUGGGGGCCGGGAAGUCCCAGCGGGUCGCCCCCCUGCAGCGCAGCCCCCUCCCCCCCACCGCCGGGUCCGCGGGCCCGGAAGCCGGGCGGGCGGCGCGGGAGCGGGGGCCCCCACCUCCCCUCCUCCGCACCCCGUGGCCCGCGGGGGGCCAUGGCCGCGGGUCUCGGCCGCAGCGAGCCGCCGCGCGGAUGCCGGGGCGCCCCUCCCUAGCGGGGCGCUGCCUCCGGGGCUCCCGGCGGGCCGGCGGCAUGGGGGGCGGGGGGUCGGCCCUGAGGGUCUGCGCCGACCACCGCGGGGGCAUCAACUGGCUCAGCCUGAGCCCGGACGGGCGGCGCCUGCUGACGGGCAGCGAGGACGGCACGGCCCGGCUCUGGAGCACCGCGGACGGCCAGUGCUGCGCCCUCCUGCAAGGCCACGAGAGCUACGUGACUUUCUGCCACCUGGAGGAUGAGGCCGCCUUCACGUGCAGUGCUGACUGUACCAUCCGGAAGUGGGACGUACGGACCGGGCAGUGCCUGCAGGUGUUCCGGGGACACACGUCCAUCGUGAACAGGAUCCUGGUGGCCGACAACCAGCUGUUCAGCGGCUCCUACGACCGGACAGCUCGAGCCUGGAGCGUGGACAAGGGGCAGGUGUCCCAGGAGUUCCGGGGCCACCGCAACUGCGUGCUGACCCUCGCCUACUCCGCCCCCUGGGACCUGCCCGGGGCCCCCUGCGCCGAGGAGGCGGGGGGGCUGCUGGUGACGGGCAGCACGGACGGCACGGCCAGGGUGUGGCAGGUGGCCGGCGGCGGCUGCUGGCAGACGCUGCGGGGCCACACGGGCGCCGUGCUCUGCCUUGUGCUGGACACGCCCAGUCACACGGCCUUCACCGGCAGCACCGACGCCACCAUCCGCGCCUGGGACAUCCUGAGCGGGGAACAGCUGCGGGUGUUCAGGGAGCACCAGGGCCCCGUCAUCUGUCUGGAGCUCGUGAACCGGCACGUGUACUCGGGCAGCGCGGACAGGACGGUCAAGUGCUGGCUGGCAGACACGGGGGAGCGCGUGCGCACGUUUGCAGCCCACGGACACAGUGUGAGCGCCCUCAAAUACCACGCGGGCACCUUGUUCACGGGCAGCGGGGACGCCCGCGCGCGCGCCUUCGACGCCGAGUCUGGAGCGCUGCAGAGGGUGUUCCGCGGUCACGCCUUCGUCAUCAACUGCAUCCAGCUAAGAAUGCCAUCCCAAACUACAGCUAUGGCUCCAAGGGAAAACAAAGCCCCCCUUUAAACUGGUUUCCGGAAUCUACCAUGGUAAGCAAAGAGAGAGAAAGAGAGCAAAGACCCGCACAGACAGGCUACCUGGACAACGCACUUAUGAGCUACUGCCGCCACAGCAGAAAAUAAAACUGAGGAAACCACGCUGCCUGAAGAUAAAUUCAAUUAAAUGACACAAGUUUCUCCUGUUUCUUCCCAGUCCGAAGUAUAAAGAGCUCCUUGUUGUUAAUAACUACCACGGAAUAAUCUUUUUCUCUUCCUUCCAAUCCAAGAGCUAUAGCGUUUUGGAAACAGGCUUGCUAUUGCCUCAAGUUUCACACCUACGCAAAGGCGGAGCCCCAGUGUCGCCGAGACCACGUUAAGGUACCUCUCUGCGGUUGGUAAUGUGGGCAGCCGCGUGGUCCACGUUCCCGUCACAUGCCCUCAGGCCAAGCCGGGCCUCCUGGGCAGUAAAUCCCAACUGCAACAAAUUGUGAACUUUUGAUGGAUCAAUAUAUAGCUCUUUAAAGAGUUGACGUGCCUGCAGACAAGGAAAAAAUACACGAAUCAUUAACUAUAACAACAUUAAAGCUGAACACAAGGCUAAAGCCUGAAAGAAAUUAGCUUGUACCCUAUGUGAUUGAGGGGUGUGUCAGAUUUUAGAUAAAAACUCUUCAACUCUACCUGUCAUCAACUAGCUCGAGUAGAAUACAGAUCCCUACAGAUCCCUACAGAUCCCACGCUGUGCAUGUGAUGUAUCCUAACGUAACAGAAGGCAACAGGCCUCUGGAGUAUCAUGGGAGGGGCCGGUAUCCACCAUCUCCCCCGUUUAUGUAAUCAAAUCCCGAGCUGGAGCUGUGCACACGGCAUUUCUCACCCCCUCCUGCAACUGGGUGUAGCCAGGGGGUUAAGUCCCGGCCAGGGGCACGUAGCAGGAGUGACAGCCCCAACUUCCGGCCCUUCCCGAGGCCGCCCUGGACUCUCUCUUGCCCCCUCUGCUGGCUGGAAGGGGACUGACAGGAGCAUCCUUGGCUGCCGCACACAGGCCGGCGGAGCUGCUCUACUGACCCCGCCUGCUCACCUCUCCACUGCCAGAUGGCAGACAGGCAUGGAAACUUCUAGCCAAUUACAGCCACUGUCUUGUUGAGGUUUCCUUAUCACAGCAUCUCACCUACACCCUAACGGAUACAAGUAUGUUUGUGGUAUGUACGAGGCAGAGAACACGGGAGAUACAUGCAUGUCCUUUACAAGUCACAAACUGCUGAGUUUAUGAAAUACUUAACUUUGGGGGAUGAAAAAAAAAAGGUAGGUGAAAACGGCCACCACUUCGGAGUAUUCACUUUCUUACCUUGUUGAGAUACUCACGAGCCUCUUCACCGUUUCCACUGUGAUAAUUUCGGAUACCUUGAAGCAAGUAAAGUCUUAAAAACAGCACCUUCUCUUUCCCACAGUUCCCCUAAAAUUAUUGGGGAAGAAAAAAGGAUAAAAUGGUCUUGUUUCUAAUUACAGAGCUGUAAUGUUCACCCUUGUGAUCCCUUUCAUCCCCACAGGGGCAAAACAGCGUAACGAAAACGUUUAUUCCUCCUGGAGGGGAAGGAAGUACACAAAAACCCAAACCAGGGAGGUUUUAUGCUGCCCUGAGAUUUCCAAGCAGAAUUCUGCUGACCUGUGGAAAUCACCUUAGAAAAAUCCUAUUCAAAUCACAGUUCUCGAGCUGUGACUCAUUCGUGGGAACUGUUACCAUUCAAAAUGUCUAUUUUGUUCCUGCAUUUAAAUCUUCCAUGAGACUCUACUGAACACAGUCACCAAGCUCUCUUGGGGUGACUAUCAGCGGGGGUUUUGUGGCUGGAAAACUGUGUUCCUCUGGCUACACGCUGAGCAGCCCACCUUGUAGAACAUUUAACCACCCCACCGAAAAAGCGCAUAAAACGAGCACCAUGCAUGCGACCAUCAAAUCGCCUUUUGGCGGCCAUCUCCAACAGGAAUAUUUAUUUAACGGGAAUAGAGCUCAAGUUCUAGACAUGGGCUCGAUGAUACAUAAACAAAGUACAGUAACAUACUUUUAUGUGGACCAGCCUCUGAUGGUUUUCUCCGUAACAAUUUUUGAAGCAUUUCUGAGCCAAGUUUAGUUUUUUUUCUGCGUCAUCAAGGCAUUCCAGUUGUUCCAAGCGGAAGUAACACCACACUAUGUCCAGCUGGAGCACUGCAUAGUUAUCUACCGUAUCCAACAGCUCCCUGCAGCACUCAC